AAAGAACUGAGGCUAACUUACUUUAGGAAACGACAGCUAUUUACCUGGGAGCAAACCGAAAUCAGGGUGGACUAUUCCAGAGGCCCACUCUUUGUUUCAGAAAGGAAACAAUAAGGAACAAUUCAAAUGGCUGAACACGGGGACCCUUGUGAGGUGACAGAUGUUGCUUACUGCACGAAUGGAGGAACGUGCUACAAAAUUCCAUCUGUGUCCACACCCACCUGUGUCUGUACUGACAACUACAGAGGCAGCAGAUGUGAAGAGUUCCAGUUGUUCAGCAGCUCCAAGGAUGACAGCCAGAGUGGACUGAUUGCAGCUGUGGUCAUCAUCAGUUUACUCGUAGCUGUGGUGCUCGCUGUGGUCAUUUACUAUGCCUGCAAAAUGUGGAAGCAAAAAUCGCAGGCCGAUCAGAGCAGUGACCAGUACCGGAAGGUUAACUCCAAAGUCUGAAACAAUCAUCGGGUAGAUGUUGUGAAAGGCUCACUAUGGGACUGUCAAACUGUGUGGGCUCACAUGCUGCCAGUGCUUUACAAACAGAUGAUUCCUCAGAAGAAAUAAGCAUGCAUGAACUGUAAUACACAAAGCUAUGGUACUGGACUAAAAACAGACAUGCCUACCUGCUUGCGCCUGAUUGGUCCUCUUUCCCCAUACAGAGAAGGACAGGCCUAUAAAAAUGCAGAUCUAAAAAAUCUGUGGUCGUGUGAGGACAACCAUUUGUGGAGUGAUUUAGUUGUAGUCUUGUGAGGCCAAUCAUAGCCCCUUUUCAAAGCAGUAUGGACCACACAACUUUUUUUUUAGAGUUUCUGUAGUUCUGUAUAAAAAGUUGACAGAACUCAUACAAAAUUUUAAUAAAAAGGCAAAUUUCAAACGCAGCUUGCUGCACACAGGAGCAGACACAUUCAGAAGCACUUCAACAGCUGUUAAAUAAUUACUGUAAUCAAACACCCAUUUAAAGGUUCUUUAUGGUGGUUCUAAGUCAGGGGUUAUGACGCUGCACCUUUUCUAUACCGCCUAUGGAUUUCUGUUUAAAUUAUUAAUUAUUACAACUACUACAAUUGUGCAGUGUAUCAUUUUAUCCAGUCUGCUGUUUACUGUUUUAGUUACUACUGGCUUCCUUUUUAAGAAUAAGCUGUUUGUCCUCUUUAUGGACAGAGAGAGAGGAUUUCUUCCGCUAUUUGAGACCUUGCACAGGUUCCUGUUUAGGACAACAUUUUUUUAUAUUAUGGGGAUGAGUCAUUCUUAUAUGGUUAUAUAAGGCUAGAAUCAUAUGACAUUAAAAAGGAAGGAGUCAAAAUGUGCAAAAAUUAAGCACACAUGUAGUAUUUAAAUCUUUGAUAUUACCUGGUGAACUAAUCCUCCUUAAAAUGUAAAGUUUUUCAAAAUGUGCACUGUGAAAAUGUUAUUUUGGGAUUCUCCCUAUUGCUUGAUGCUGGACAGUAAAGUAUGUUGAUUGCUUUCAUAUGUCUUAUUAUUACAUGCACUGAAAUCAUCAAAUGACAUA